AUGUCCGAAAACAACGACGAUAAAAGGCGAGAGUCGGUCUUCCGGGGCGACAGUUUCUGUUUAGCCAGCUACAAGAAACUUCAGUAUGUUACAAAGUAUGCAGAACUCCUCAAAGAAGACGAGUUUGGUCCUGUCUAUCUUGUCAAAUAUAAAGGUAUUGGACUGGGGCAUAAGCACAAACACGAAGACGUGGAGCUUAGGAAAAUAAGGAAGCUCCCGUACGACUCGAGCUCCCAGGACGAGCCUGAACUUGAAGCUCUACAAAGAGAAGAAGGAAACGACAACGAUCCUGAUGUCAUUGAUGUGAAGGAACUUACAAGGCCAUCAAAGCCCAAAGGCAUUUAUAAAAGACAUCCGAAAAUCGUGGAUAGGGUGCACGAAGCACGUUUCCGUAACGAAGCUGCGAUACUCGAGUCAUGUAGAGUUAUCGCAAAAAACCCGUACCUUAUGAGAUUUUAUGAUUUCUUUGAAUCAGAUAAGCAUUUCUAUAUAACGAUUGAGCAUAUUACCGGAAAAUCGCUACUCGAUGAGCUGAUCGAUCGUGAGAAGUUGUACGAGAAAGAUGUAAUUGCAGCUGUAAAAGACAUGAUUAACGCACUCAAAUUUCUUCAUGAGAAUGGUAUUAAGCAAGGAAACGUCAGACCGGAGGCGUUCAAAUAUCGAGAAGAGCAUGAAGGUGCAGUGGCCAGACUCAGGCUCGUUUUAGUACUCUUCACACACGCUCGAAAUGAGAAUAGUCCUAGCCAUUUACCUCCCCCGCCUUUCGAUAGAUAUUGCGAUCCUAAGUAUGCCAAAGCAAGAUGUCGAGCGAAGUAUUCUGAUAAGAGGGUUGACUUCGAGAAAGUCGAAGUCGUUAAUGAGAUGGAUAUGUGGGGGGUUGGUGUGAUAACGCAUCUACUUCUGACAGGUCAUUACCCAUUCGUUGACUACGUGCAUAAGUUGAAAGACAAAGGAGAAGGAAACGACACUGAUCGCAGGGAGGAAGGCGGCAGUACUGACCAGAAACCCGGUAUUAAUAGUAUAUAUUAUGAUGAAAAUGAUGAGGCCACAAACAUUGACAAGGCGUACCUCAGAAAUGUGAUAAAUAGAGAGAAUCUUUACUUGAAAAAGCACGAAUACUGGGGAGACGUUUCUCGAGAAGCUAAGGAUUUCCUACAUGGCGAGCAUGGCAGUGAUCAAGACGGUAUUGGCAAGAGUGGGCUACUUUUAAAGACAGCGAACUUGAGAAUGUCAGCAAAGAAUGCUCUGGCCCAUCCCUGGCUCAAUGGGUUUAAACCCAAUGAUAUAGAUUUACCCGGACUGCGUAUGCAGGCGGAUAGAAUAAGGAGGAAAUUUGUGAAGAGGAAAAAAGCGAAAGAAGAAAUGACGCAACCACAGCAUACGCAUGAUGAGACUAGUACUGGCCGAGGGCGCAAGGACAGGAGUGGGCACCACUCAAGACACAGAAUCCGUAAUCAUAUGUCUUCGAUCGGACAACAGAAGAAACGUAGCUCCCAUCAGAGUUCCCAAGACAAAAGUGACAGUCCAAAUAGUAGUAUUUCGUUCGAAUUCAUUACAAGCGACUCAGGUGAUGUCAAGAAGGGUAGCUUAAGUCCGCCCAGCGAUUCUCAGAAAGAGAAACAUCGGGGAAGAAGCGAAAGUGUCCGUAGCAAGAAUAAUAAUUCAGCGGGCGAAUCUGCAAGGGUGAAACCAUUUUUUGGAUAUGAUUAUGGCCGACAAUCCAACGCGACGAAUGGGUUUGGAGGUGGGCGUGGUGGUGGUGGUGCAGGUCUUGGGGGUGUCUGA